AUGACAAAAAAAGAAACCGUAGACCAAGAGAAGGCGCUGAACCGUCUCCAAUGGCUGAUCCAGCGCAGCAAGGUGGGCUUCAAAGGGAACCCACCCCCCUUUGAAUCCGCGAAGACCCAAAAAUCGGUGGCGUUAGAGAAAAAAAAGGCGUCAGCUCGGCGCGCGGGAGAUGCUGAUUUUUUACCUUUUCGUCACGGAGCUUUUACGCUCGCCGAGGACGCAAGGCCCACGAAACACUUGCGUGGGGCAGACAACUCGAGGUUUGAGAGAAAAGCCGACGUAGCGGAGGUGAACUACUAUCACCAGCGAAUAGAUAAUUCUACUGGCCGGCCUGAAAUUGACUCCGCACUCUGUUGGGAUUUGAAGGGAGAAGUGGCAGGUGCACAGGAGGCACAAGAGUCCGGCUGCCCUCACCCUGGUGUUUCCUCGCGCGUCUUGCGGCGGGAACGCGGGUCGAGGGAGGUUGGCAACCCGUACCUUGCGACGCUCCCGCGCGCACAGCGGGCAGCUAUAGUUAGAGCGGAAAUAUUAAACCAUCCAAAAUUCACGAGUCGAAGUCGGGAGUUUCGGGCCGGUGAGGCGUGGUAUGGUGGAACUCAGCUUGAGGGACCUUUGCACGUGAAAACAGCUACGGCAUCACUAACUUCUACGCGGAACUGCAUCCGUGUGCAUGCCGGAUGGCGUUGA